ACAAACAGCAAAACAGCUGUCAUUUUGACAAUUCAAGUCAACCAAAGUGUGAACAAACAAAUUCUGCAGAAUUUUUAUUUCUUUUUCAAAAUAUCUCGAAAUUACUUUAAAAUAUGGAUGCUGAACUCCGCGGAAAAAUCGAAGCAUGCUGUCGUACAGCUGAAGAAUUCACAAAACUUUACUACAAAAGUUUCGAUAAAAGUCGACAUCAAAUGAAUCGUCUCUAUCUUGACACUGGAGUCUUUGUUUGGAAUGGCAGUGGUGCUCUCGGCAAAGACAAUAUACAAAAACUUCAAAUUGAAUUGCCAUCAUCCGAACACAAUCUAUACGCUUUGGAUGCUCAGCCAAUCAUCGAUGACGCUGUUGCCGGUCAAUUAACUUAUGCUAUUCAAACAGGUGGAACAGUCAAAUAUAUGGACAAUCCAGUCAAACAAUUCCAACAAACAUUCAUAAUCACAGCACAAGGUGAUAAAUGGAAAAUUGCCAGCGACAGUUAUCGCCUUCAAGAUGCUAUUGCAACUGCAGAUAAAUGAUUUACAAAAAUACAAUAUGUUACAUUUGU